GGCAAAUUCCGCCCGGAGACGAAAGCGAGCUCUUUCAAUCUACUAUUCACAUAGAAGUACUCUACGAACAUACCGCGUUCGCUGCGGCUGGAUCUGCGCACCGAUGGUCUUCUCGCCGUGCAUAUUUGCUUUUUUCAGAUUCGCUCUUUCGCCCGCUAGUCCCAGCAGCCAGGGUGUCUCACUGGGGAACCAAGAAGAAGAAGGCCCAUCUUGUCGACGUGGCACUGUUGGUUGGCUGGCUGGCGGGGCUGCGCGUCUUCCCCCGAUCGGCGGGUAUGUAUAAAGACCCUUAAGUCCUGUAGAUGCGUAAGUACCGCAUCCCGAUUCACCGAGCCAGCUGAUCACACGUCACGCGGCACGCGGCAUCACUCGUUUCUCCAAAACAAUGCGGUUCACACCCACACUCUUCCUACUGGUGGUUCCGGCGGCCGUCGUGCUGGCGGCAGACACAGGGAUAGACUUCACCUACAACCCCGCCAACCGCGGCCUCGCCUACGAGUGCUCCAGCCUCCCCUGCCACUCCGGCUACCCCGCAACGUAUGGCGGGUGCGCCGUCGUGAACACGACGGGGAUUGUGUGGUGCUGCCCCGCGAACCAUACAACCUGCUGGCGCUACGGCGCCGCCUCCUCAUCCUGCACUUCACAAACCCAGAACCAAAAGCAGUGCAAGCGCGACGACUACUCGUGGUGCUGCGACGCGCAGCUCGAGUACUGCGACACAAAGAACGGCAUAUGCCUGCCCAACCCAGAGGUCUUUGCGAAUCCGCUCGUGGACGGCGCGCCUAAGAGCGCGUUUACUAGCGCUUUCACGGUGGGCGUUGGCGCGCUGGCGACAGAGACUGGGAUAGAGACGGCUACGAUUACGGAGACCGGGAAUGGGGCUGGGGCUGCGACCGCGACCGCGACUGGGACGGGGACGGGGACGGGGAGGAUUAGCGGGACUGGGACUGGGACGGCCGGUGCGACUGGUGGGACCGCGACUGGUGGGACUGGGACAGGUGCGGCGGUGCCGGUCGAAACGGCUGUGGUGGGACGGAGCAGCGGGGGAAUGUCGAAGGCGGCGGUCGUGGGCGUGGGUGUGGGUGUGACGAUGGCCGUCAUGGCCGUUGGUGCUAUCGGCUGGUAUUUUGGACGGCAGUGGCAGCGGAGGGCAAUGUACCGUGAGGAUGCGGGCGAGAAAAUGUUGGUGAAGCCGCAGCGGUGAUGGGAGCGUGUGCUAUCAGGGAGUACAUAGAGUAGAUAUCGGUUACGC